CCAGGUACCCCUGAAUCAUACCACCCACCAUCACCAACCUAUCAACCAAUUGACAAUGCAAGAGAGUACAGUGUCACCAAUGAACCAUCAUCGAUGAAUAGUUAUGACUUAAAUAUAAAUGAAGCCGACGAAUUGGUGGUUGA